AUGGAAUACGAGAUUAUGCUGUUGUGCAAUACAUUGGGAAUUGGAAUUGUUGUGAUGAUUAUCCUUUAUCAUUUGAUUGGUACAAAAGAAGAUAAGAAAACAUAUUGA